AUGCGCUGUGGCUCACCUGCAGCCAAGGAUAUGAGUGCAGCCCAACACCGAAUGAUAUGCCUGCUCAAAACCCCUGCAGUGUCCCUUUUUUGUAACUGGUUGCGUGGUUCUCCGGUGCACUUUGUGGGUGACAGUGUCGGGCUGCGAUGCAUGCACAACGUGAUGGGUUCGGAGCCUUUCACUAACCCAUGCUUUGCGUGUGAGACCACUCUGUCUCCUUCGCCGGAACUGACCACCACCUCUCACGGGGACCCAUUGCUGAACAAAGUUGAAGAAAACCCGGAAAUCUGCAGGCAGGUGCUAACCCCUCUAGCUUCUGUGACUGAAGCUCAAGAGUUGUUCCAGAAUCCUGUGCUGAAACAAUUCACCUCUUCAGAGACAACAGAUGUGAUGCUGAAGUGUAUGGUAAAGGUGGACCCCAAGGAGACAGCUUUAAAGCUAUUUUACUCUUUCUACAAGAACAACCAUGCCGUUCAACACAGGAGUCACAACCCAGCAUUUUCUCCAGAAGCCAAGGAGGAAAACUCUGGGAUUUACCAGUGUAUGGUAGACACUGAGGAUGGCAAAAUUCAGAAAAAGAGUGACUAUCUGAAUAUCCAAUUCUGGACUCCUGUAUCCCAUCCUGUGCUCACUCUGCAACAUGAAGCCACUAACCUUGCUGUAGGAGACAAGGUGGAGUUCCUCUGUGAGGCCCAGCAGGGCUCCCUUCCAAUCUUUUACUCAUUCUACAUUGAUGAAGAAGUCCUAGGGAAACCCGUGGCUCCCUCUGGCAGAGCUGCCUCCCUCCUCGUCUCAGUAAAGGCAGAGUGGAGUGCCAAGAACUAUUCCUGUGAAGCUAAAAACAGCAUCUCCAGAGAAAUAAGUGAGCCCAAGAAGUUCCCUUCGGUUGUCUCAGGAACUGCCUCGACCAAGAGCGACAUGCUAAUUAUCUGGCUACCGACAAGCCGUGGUGAGAUGGUCAUUGCUGCUAUGGAUCCAAUUUAUUUCUUCAAACCCUGUUAA